GAUUACCACUUCGAGUACACAGAGUGCGACAGCAGUGGCUCCAGAUGGAGGGUGGCUGUCCCGAAUCCGUCCGUGGAGUGCUCUGGACUACCUGAUCCGGUGAAAGGGAAGGAAUGCACUUUCUCCUGUGCCUCUGGUGAGUACCUGGAGAUGAAGAACCAGGUGUGCAGCAAAUGUGCAGAAGGGACCUACUCGCUGGGCAGCGGGAUCAAGUUUGAUGAGUGGGAUGAGCUGCCAGCAGGAUUCUCCAAUGUCGCAACUUUCAUGGACACGGCGGUUGGCUCGGCUGAGAAUAAAGCUGACAGCUGCAACAACUCUUCAUGGACGCCUCGAGGGAAUUACAUAGAGUCCAACAGGGAUGAUUGUACAGUUUCUCUCAUCUACGCUGUGCACCUGAAGAAAUCCGGCUCUGUCUUCUUCGAAUACCAGUAUAUUGACAACAACAUCUUCUUUGAAUUUUUUAUACAGAAUGACCAGUGCAAAGAGAUGGAGUCCACGGCAGACAAGUGGGUGAAGCUAACAGACAAUGGGGAAUGGGGCUCUCAUUCUGUAACUCUGAAAUCGGGUAGCAAUAUAUUGUACUGGAGAACAACAGGGAUUCUCAUGGGGUCCAAAGUAGUAAAACCAGUUCUGGUGAAAAACAUCACAAUUGAAGGAGUUGCAUAUACGUCUGAAUGCUUCGCAUGCAAGCCUGGUACCUUCAGUGACAAACCAGGUUCAUCUGGGUGCCAGGUGUGUCCAAGAAAUACUUAUUCUGAGAAAGGAGCCAAAGAGUGCACCAAAUGUAAAGAAGAAAUGUAUUACUCAGAUGAGGGAUCCAGUGCAUGUAUAGAGCGUCCUCCAUGCACAAACAAAGACUUUUUCCAGAUCCAUACCCCAUGCGAUAAGGAAGGAAAAACUCAGAUCAUGUACAAAUGGAUUGAACCCAAGAUCUGCAGAGAGGAUCUCCCUGAUGCAUUGACCCUACCUCCUUCUGGAGAGAGGAAAGAUUGCCCACCCUGCAAUCCUGGCUUUUACAACAGUGCCUCGUCUUCCUGCACUCCUUGCCCACCAGGCACAUUUUCAGAUGGGACACAGGAGUGCAAAGCCUGCCCUGCUGGGACUGAACCAACUCUUGGGUUUGAGUACAAGUGGUGGAACAUCCUGCCAGGCAACAUGAAGACGUCUUGCUUUAAUGUCGGCAACUCGAAGUGUGAUGGGAUGAACGGUUGGGAGGUGGCUGGUGAUCACAUUCAGAGUGGGGCAGGAGGCUCUGACAAUGACUAUCUUAUCUUGAACCUGCACAUCCCGGGAUUUAGACCUCCGACAUCGGUGACAGGAGCAACUGGGUCAGAACUAGGACGGAUUACUUUUGUUUUUGAGACCACCUGUUCAGCAGAUUGUGUGCUGUACUUUAUGGCGGAUGUUAAUCGAAAAAAUACCAAUGUGGUGGAAUCAUGGGAAAGAAGUAAAGAGAAACAAUCCUACACGCACGUCAUCUCCAAAAAUGCUUCCUUCACGUUCACCUGGGCCUUUCAGAGAAUAAAUGAGGGUCAAGAUAGCAGACAGUUCAUCAAUGACAUGGCAAAGAUCUACUCCAUCACGGUGACCAACGCGGUGGAUGGAGUCGCUUCUUCUUGCCGGGCUUGUGCGCUGGGCUCUGAGCAGUCUGGCUCGUCCUGCGUGCCCUGCCCGGCGGGACACUACAUCGAGAAGGAGACCAGCCAGUGCAAGGAGUGUCCGGCCAACACCUUCCUGUCCAUCCACCAGGUCUACGGCAGGGAGGCCUGCAUCCCCUGUGGGCCUGGCAGCAAAAGCACCGAGGACCACUCUGCCUGCUUCAGCGACUGCCUGGUGUCGUACGUCAAGGAUAACCAGAGCCUGAGCUACGAUUUUAGCGACCUCAGCCAGGUGGGCUCGUUGAUGAGCGGACCCAGCUUUACCUCCCGAGGGACCAAGUUCUUCCACUUCUUUAACAUCAGCCUGUGUGGGAAUGAGGGGAAGAAGAUGGCUAUUUGCACUGACAAUAUCACAGAUGUCACUCUGAAGGACAUGGUUGCAGAAUCAGAAGAUUUUUCCAACUUUGUGGGAGCUUUUGUCUGUCAGUCCACCAUCAUCCCGUCGGACAGCAAGGGUUUCCGAACAGCCCUGGCUCUGCAGUCCAACAGCCUCGCUGACAGGUUCUUAGGAGCUACUGUUGAAACAACACUGGAAAAUAUCAGCAUCAAGACAGAUAUGUUUCCUCCCUCUCCAACGAAAAUAGCUGAUGUGCAUUUCUUUUACAAAUCUUCAACAGUGACAACCUCCUGUGAAAAUGGCCGUGCGACUGUUGUGACAAUGAGAUGCAACCCUAACAAACCAGAGCAAGGAGAGCUUUCUGUGCCCAGCUCAUGCCCU